CGAUGAAAGUGGGAGGUGAAGUGAACCAAACAAUCCCAACGCUGCCGGACUCUUGAUAUUUUGCUCUGAGAGGCGCAUGGAUCGAUCUUUACGACCCCUUAUUGCUGCCGUAGUGCCGGGUGCCACACAGUUUGAUGCGGGACUCCGGAUCGAGUACAUCCCGAGUUGCGGAUACCGAACGUAACCCCGCGACAUCUUCAAGCGCGGCAGCCUGAUUGUGAGACUUGGCAGGAGAGCAGCGCGAGGAGACCGAGCUGAGCUGAGCUGUAGGUUCGCUUCGGACACGGAGCCGGUGAAGAUGGAGCGCUGGAAAGGCAGAGUGGCCCUGGUAACCGGAGCCUCGGUCGGGAUUGGAGCGGCUAUAACUCGGGCUCUGGUCCAGCAGGGCAUGAGGGUUGUCGGCUGUGCCAGGAAUGUCGACAAAAUUGAGAAACUGGCGGCCGAAUGUCAGAGUGCCGGCUACAGUGGCACGCUGAUCCCCUACAAAUGUGACCUGGCCAACGAAGAGGAGAUACUGUCCAUGUUCUCAGCCAUCAAAACGCUUCACAAAGGUGUGGACGUGUGCAUCAACAACGCCGGGCUGGCUCACAAUGAACCCUUGCUCUCCGGAAAGACAGAGGGCUGGAGAAACAUGAUAGAUGUGAAUGUCUUGGCCUUAUCCAUCUGCACCCGCGAGGCCUACAAAUCAAUGAAAGAGAGGAAUGUGGAUGACGGCCACAUCAUCAAUAUUAACAGCAUGGGCGGGCACCGACUUGUGCCCAGCGCUGACGAGCAUUUCUACUGUGCCACUAAAUUUGCCGUGACCGCUUUAACUGAGGGGAUACGGCAGGAGCUCCGGGAAGAAAAGACUCACAUAAGAGCCACGUGUAUAUCUCCUGGUAUAGUUGAGACGGAGUUUGCCUUCCGACAUCACAACAGUGAUCCAGAGAAAGCAGCUGCGGUCUACGAGAGUAUAAAGUGCUUGAAAGCAGAGGAUGUAGCCAGUGCAGUCACGUAUGUCCUCAGUGCCCCUCCUCAUGUUCAGAUUGGAGAUGUGCAGAUGAGACCAGUGGAGCAGAUAUCAUAGCAGUGAUUAUGGACGGCAGCCACCACAGCUCCUUAGCGACCUCUGCUGGCCAUGUGGGUUAGGAGAGAGGGCGUGGGUGUGUGUCUGAGUCUACAGGAGCUUAACCAUGAAGAGCUGGAGCCUUAAAGAGGCUGUGCAAGGAAAAAGCAUGCAUGGACUCUGUAAACCACUACAAAAAAAAUAAAAUACUACUGAACAGCUGCUGGUCUCGGUCCUGAGCUGAACCGACUUUAAAACCGAAGUAGGAACAAAUCGGGACAGAGUUGCUGCUGCGCUGUGUGGCCAUCUGCACGGCUGCCACCUCAGAGGGAAAACGUCAUUGAUUGCACAUUUUGUUUUGUUUCUUUGUUUUGUUUAUCUAGGUUACAUGGCAUAUCUUUUGGAAUUUUAAUUAAAACAAUAACAAUUGCUGUUUAUAGGAAAAAUGUUUUCCUUUUUU